UUGAAAUCUUGGCCCAUGACCUUCAGAGCCAUGUUAUUACAAUAGAUGAGACUUCUGUCAAAGGAGGUAUGUACUUCAGUGUUGUUGCCUUAAUUAGUGCAAGUGUGUGCAACAACCUCUCCAUCACCAGCCUUGUGUCUCCCCUCACUGAGUUCAUAUCCAUCAUUAUGAAAAACAAUAUUCUGGUCAAGGUGUGCAGUGUAAGUGACUUGUACUGCUUUUACCCAAAUGACUGUCACCCACUAAAACAUGCAGCCUUCACUUACCAUCCAGUGAAUGCACACAGUGUGGACUUGAAACUCUAUACAAAGAAUGAUGAGCAAGCAUUGUUGGUGGUACAUUCUCUCUCAGCUAUACUGCCUUGUGAUGUUAAAAUCCAGCAUCCAGUCCUUCAUAUCCAAGACUACCAUUCACAAGUUACAAAACUACAGCAUCAGUUACUGACCAAAAUGAAAGAAGUAACCACCUAUAUUACUGAUGGUUUUGAAGACAAGUUAAAAUCUCAUAAAAAGAAUAAAAAUGUUGACUUAGUAAUACCAGAACUGGAAGAAGUAAGGGUAGAGAAUGAACCAAAAAUUGUUCCUAAAGAUUUUGGGCCACAGGAAGCCUUUCAGAUUAGCAGUGUGGAGUAUGUGAAUGAGAGGCGAGAUGUUCUAUCAAGAUCCGGAGAUGUAACAUUUGAUGUGAAGCGGUAUAAUGUGUGGAGGAAAACACUGCACAAAAUUGAAUGUGAAAUUGAUGAUUUGUACUUGAAGUAUCUUGAAUAAUUUCUGUUGCAGGUAAAUGUAUUCUUUUUAAAUCACAAUUUCUGUAUUUAU